AUGGGCUUCUUUUCAUCAUUAUCAUCAUUAUUUGGUUUUCUGGGUCGGAAGCAAAUGAACAUUAUUGUUGUUGGAUUAGAUAACUCAGGAAAAACAACCAUUUUGAAUCAGUUGAAGGCACCGGAAACACGAGCAGCACAUGUUGUGCCGACAGUUGGAUAUUCCAUGAGCACUUUUACCAAUGAGAAUUUUUUAUUCAACGCUUUCGAUAUGUCAGGGCAAUCCAAGUAUAGAACUGUAUGGGAAUCGUACUACUCAAAAUGCCAUGCCAUUAUGUUUGUUGUUGAUAGCUCAGAUCGCUUAAGGAUGGCUGUUGCACGAGAUGAAUUAUGGAUAUUACUAGACCACAAGGAUAUAAAUACAAAAAAAGUUCCAAUACUUGUAUUAGCAAAUAAAAUGGAUGAAAAGGAUGCUAUGACAUCAGCGGAAAUAACAGCCAGUCUGGGUUUAGAUGUUAUACGAGGACAUCAUUGGGGAAUAUUCUCUACGUGUGCCUUAACAGGAGCUGGAUUAGAUAAAGCUAUGGAAUGGUUGGCGAAAGAGAUGAAACAGUACAUGGAAACUUAUCCCGAAUAUUGUUAA